AUGGGGAUUCUUACGAGACUCGGCCUUCGUCGCAGCAGCAUCUGGGAGCCGUAUACUAUUCUGGACUAUCUGAUAUCGUCGCCGUUAAUUUACUUGAGCAUAAAGUUCUACUACUUCAUUCUCUUCCUGCGACCAUGCCCGGUCCAUCCUCCUAAGGAUAAGCCCGCUGUCCGUCUCGUCUGUAUCGCUGACACCCAUAGUCAGACUGUGGCAGUCCCGGAUGGCGAUAUCCUGAUCCAUGCAGGUGACAUCACGCAUUUUGGAACCGUUGCCGAGCUCAACACUCAAUUCGAUUGGCUCCGCUCCCAACCACAUCCCGUCAAGAUCAUCGUCGCUGGGAAUCAUGACUACUGGUUCGAUCCGGCCAACCGCCCUACCGAAGAUGUUUCCUCGGGCCAAAUGCCAGACUUGGCAGGUCUGAUUUACCUUGAAAAUAGCUCGACUUUGCAAGAAGUCAAGGGGCGCAAGUUUCAUAUUUAUGGUGCGCCGUAUAUGCCAAAGGUUGGCGGCUACAGGUUUGCGUUCGAGUAUACUGAAGCCACCCAACCUUGGUUAAACAAAGUCCCGAUUGAGACAGAUAUCCUCGUCACUCACUGUCCUCCUCAACACCACCGUGAUCUCUAUCAAGGAUGUCCGCACCUUCUGCGCGAGGUCUGGCGUGUCAAGCCCUUGCUUCAUGUUUUCGGCCAUGCGCACUGGUGUCACGGUACUGAAGCUGUCUUUUUUGACAAGUUUCAAGCAACAUAUGAGCGCUUGCUCUUGCGUCCCCGCCGUGGACUGAUUAGGGACUUGAUCCCUAGCCAGAAAUGGCUUGAUGUCCUCAUUUUCGUUUACUACGGUAUCCACGGCGUUCUAUUGUCGUGGCUACGAACCAGUGCUGGUGGACAUCAGGGCAGCAUGAUGGUCAAUGCUGCGCAGGUACAUGGUAAUACCGGCAAGGUUAGGGACAGAGCCGUUGUAUUGGAAAUCUAG